AUGGACAGUUUACUCUCCCCACGCUUUGAUACUCGCAGGAAAUAUCUGCUGCAGACCAGUCAAUCGCACUGCUCCUUUCCGACGGUAGCAGCAAGUGCUUUAGCCUUCAACAAGACCUCUGCUCCGACUGCUCUCCCUUUACUGCGGGCCCUGUUAAAUAUGCUUGAAGUUCUUCCCAAUCUACUCAGCUUGGUUGAUGCUGUGGAGAACAUGGCUAUUGGUUGUAGAUUUAGUAUGUCUGACAAGAACGAUCAUGCAUUUGUUGACAUUUGA